UACAAUUUUGGACAUGCAGAGUUGGGUGUUGGUCAUGUGCUGACUGACUGACAAGUAGAUCUUGCCUGUUUGUGGUGUACGUCAUGGUGUAUUGAAAUGGCAAUUAAUGGCAAUUCUCCCCGUUCACAAAGUUUACGCAUGCAAUUCCGUUGAGACGCCCUGUGGGCCACCUCAAUCCGCUUGUUGAGAUGAUGCGCUCAACAGUCAUGCUCUCCCUGACGCUCUUGUUGGUCUCAUGCGUCACCGCCCAAGAGUUCCUCUUGUGAGCCGAGAGAGGAGGGAUGCAUCCUCUCCAGGUCCAUCGUGUCUGCAUUUUGAACUCCCUGUGCAGCACUGAGCCUGACGCUCCCCUUCACAAGACCAAGGAGCGGCUCAAGAGCCUCGCUGCCAAGUCGGUCUUCGAGGACGAUGCAGCCUUGGGUCAUGCGCGAGGCCUGCAAGACGUGAAUGACACGACAUCCAACACGACAUCUGGUGACUUCGAGACCGUGUUCAACACUCCCGCUGACGACGGCUUCGAAGCCACGCCGCCCAAGGACUUCAGUGAGCCAAGAAGAGGAGCAUGGCACCACCAUUCUCUCCCAUGACGUGCAGGCAUUUCCGGCUGCUGGUCCCGUUCUGACCUGGAGGAUGCGGCCUUCGAGGUCAACCAGGUUCGUGUCCGAUGCUGAGUGACGUGGGGAUACCGAUGCUCUCAUUUCAUUAAUGCAUUGCUCUCCAGGUGCACGGCCACAAGUACUUUUUCGUGGGCGGAGAGAGCGGCGUCCUGCAGGGCGACAAGGUCAUGUUCAGAGGACAGGUACGUCGACGAACGGCAUGAGCGGGCUGGCGUGGGCGACCUCUGGAUGUGUGGAUAUGUGUGUGUGUGUGUGUGUGUGUGUGUGUUGCACCCAAUGACUGCAUGUAGGUGGGUACAAUCACCGCGUCUGCUGACGGCGAGAGGGCCACCCAGAUAGACUUUGAGACCCACAGCUGGGUGUACGUCUCGGAGCAAUGCGAAAUCAACGUCUAGACUGACCGACUGACCGACAGACAGACACCCAUACCAACCAUCUUUUUCUUUUCAACUGCAUACGGACGGCAUACUCAACGCAGCGCUCUCUCUUUUUGCAUCUGUGGAUGUGUGGAUGGAUGGAUGGAUGGACGCCUAAUUGGUCGGCUCACUGCCUCCCUCCCUUCGUGUGUGUUGUGAUGUAUUCUACCUACACCAUCUAUGUGUGCCUCCCAUGUGUGUGUGUAGAAAUCGCUUUGUAUGUCCAUCGCCUGUUUAGGUGUGUGUAUGUUCUGUCUGUCUGUCUGUCUGUGCGUGAUGGGUGCGGUGCAUGGUUGUUGCCCAGGCAUUUUGUAAGACUCGCUAUCCUAGUGAGUGACGGGACUUUUGUAAUCCGGCUGGCUGGCUGGUCCAUCGACGGCACUUUUAACGUGAGGAGCGAGAGCGAGAGCGAGAGUGAGAGUGAGAGAGGCAGCCGUGUGUCCAGAGACGAGAUAGACAGGACGACAGCUGCUGCACUCCCCUCCCCUCCCCUCCUCCCCCC